AUGGACGAGUUUGUCAACUGGGACCAGGCCGAGCCUACAGCCUGCACUGGCGCCGAGGCUACUGUCACGUCCACGUCGCAAUCGCGCGACCCUUUGCUUGAUGAUCUCGACUUGGCACUGGCCAACGUUACCGGCGAUGAAUUCUCGUUCUGGGCGUUGGAGCAUUUCGAGAACAAUAUCCUCCCCACCAUGGCUGCUGCAGAUGACAUCACCAUGCAGACUGUAAGCGACAAGUCGACAUGGCGUUUUGAGGACCACUUAGAGCAGUUCGAAGUUCCCUGCACUAAUUGCCUGUUGGGUGGUUACGACUGCAAGCGUAUCCCUGAGGGUCAGUAUAAGGGUCAUUGCACGAGCUGUGUCGCCUUGCGAUGUGCCUGCAGCUAUGGCAACUCGUCUGACCUUCCCGCAAACCCUUGGCCCUUGAUGGGUGAUCACCCCAGGGCUAUUCAGCAAGAAGAUGCUGAUCCUGAGCCGCCAAAGUCAACCUCAGCUCCUGAUCUUGUCGGCUUGACCUCGGCUUCAACUCCUGGCGGAGAGAAUCAGGCUGCCAACCCAGCCUCCAAGCCUAAGGUUGGUGCUAGGUUCUCCCGUGAGUCUGUGAAGAUCUUGAAGAACUGGCUCUCUACGCACAGCAAGCACCCAUAUCCCACUGAGGAAGAGAAGGAGAUGCUUCAGAAACAGACAGGUCUGACCAAGACCCAAAUCACCAACUGGCUUGCGAACACACGGCGGCGAAACAAGAAUGCCCUUGCCCAGAGAUCUACUUCGCCCGGCAUCCGGAGUUGGGCGACUGCCAUUGAAAUCCCCAAGCGCCCUGGUACCCCGGCUCUCGAGCACAUGAACCCGCUGCAGCGUUGGCAACACUCUCCGCCGGAACACGAACCGGCCUCUGUGACUGCUAUAGCAAGGGCCGUUCGAGCUUCAGCUUCUAGUCUCUCAUCUGGCUUGGAAAGUCCUUACAGCCAGCCAUUCACGGAUGAUGGCUCUGGCAGGUCUCUCUGCGCCUCGACCAUCAGCAGUGCCCAUACAUCGAGGUCAAGCACGUCCGCAUAUUCCUUCGGCUCUCGUGGUUCCUUUGGCUCCCACAGUUCCUGGCAGCGUGGCCGCAGACGCAGGAGGAGAAAGGCUCCCACUGCUGGGAAGCCUUCCAACGGUCCCCCCAAGACUUUUCAGUGUACCUUCUGCACCGAAUCGUUCAGGACGAAGCACGACUGGCAGCGACAUGAGAACUCCCUCCAUCUAUCUCUCGAACGCUGGGUGUGCUGUCCUAAUGGGCCGAAGGCCGUGCAUCCCGAGAACCGCCGUGAGUGCUGCGUCUUCUGCGGUCACCCUGACCCAGAUGAAGAUCAUAUGGAAACCCACAACUACUCAACCUGCCAAGAGCGCACAACGGCCGAGCGCACGUUCUACCGUAAAGAUCACUUACGGCAGCAUUUGAAGUUGGUUCACAAUGCUAAGUUUGUGAACUGGUCCAUGGACCAAUGGAAGCACACUAUCCCAGAGAUCCGCUCCCGCUGUGGUUUUUGCAACAUGAUUCUUGACACCUGGUCUCAGCGUGUCGAUCACCUUGCCGAACACUUCAAGAAAGGAAAGGACAUGGCCGAGUGGAAGGGUGGCUGGGGUUUCGAUGCCCCUGUGCUCGAGAUGGUCGAGAACUCCAUCCCCCCUUACCUCAUUCACUAUGAGCGCAGCUCUCCUGACCCAUUCGAGGCAUCUCGGCCCUCAACCGCAUCCGCUCGGCACGCUUUCGAGCUUCUCAAGACUGAGUUAACUAUGUUCAUUGAGGAUUGGCGCGAGAGAGAAGGAUCUAUGCCAUCUGAUGACGAUAUCCAGCGCAUGGCUUGUGCUAUCAUCUACAAGAGUGAAGAGUCGUCGGAGCCCACAGUUAGCCCGCCGUCGGCUUGGCUCCGCGAUCUGCUCUUUUCCAACGAGUCUUUGGCAGAACAGGCCAAGUGGACGCGUCUUGGAGUCGACAGCCGUUCUCGAAAGCUUCGUAUCAACGGCAAGGGAAAUAUCUUCGAGCUCGAUCCCAUGGAAAUGGAGCUCCAAGAAUUCGUCAAAGCACGCCGACUGCUUGGCCUGUCCGUGACAGAUGCCGAGCUGCAGUCUGAGGCCUGCAAUAUUAUCACGAGGAUGGAUGAACAGGGCCAGGACUCGAAUCAUGAAGCUGCGCAGUUCUUAAUUCGCCUGGUGAGCUCGUCAACCACUUGGCUCUCUGGAUUCCGGCGGCGAGCUCAACUCCCAGAACCCAAAGAUGCGGGCUUAUCGCAGCAGGAUCCCUCGGCAUCUGGAUCAGAGGUCGACAACCAGACUCGGCUAGAGAACGAGCUGUCCAAGUUUGUUCAAGAGCAGCGUUCCCUCGGCAUCGAGCCGACCGACAUAGAUCUCCAGCGCCAGGCCCGCAUCAUCAUGUAUGAGUAUGACGAUGGCUGCACUCCGACUUCUGCUGAUGAUCCGACCUGGCUGGCUCUCUUCAAGCAGCGCAAUUUCCUCUCAACAAUCUCCGAGGUCCCGCAACUGCCAUCUACUCAGACUUUCGGCUCUAUGGAGCCUUGUUUCACCAACACCGCAACCUGGGCUCGGCAGAUACCGGGACAUUCUUCCACGUACAUGCCCUUCAAUGGGACCUCGUCAACGUUUGGUCAGGUUGAAUCUAUUCUCAACUCAAAUGGCAUGGCCAGCCGGCCCACAAGUCCGUCGCGUACCUACGGAAGGUAUUACCUGAGCGACGCCAACUGCUACGGACGCCUGGCUCGUGAACUCAAGAAAUGGGUAGUUGCGACGAUGUCGCCCAACAACCCUAACCGUCAUGUUCCGACCGAUGAAGAGCUGCAGUAUCAGGCGCGAUGGAUCAUCUAUGAGGAUGAUGACCCCUGGAACCAAACAGCCGCCGACAAUGCAGAGUGGCUUCGCCGCUUCAAGCGCGAUGCUGGCAUCAUCGAAGACACGCCGCUCCCAGGCCUGCCACAAGGCUUAGAAGGCCCCAUCGAGCAGGGUGGUACGGGCUUCAUGCCUCCAUACCUGUUCCCAAGCCCGUACAAAUCGAAUCCAAACCAAGCCGCCGAUGCCGACACAGCCUCCAGCUUCGUAUCAUGCGGAGAACACCCCCCGGGAACCUACUUCCCCAUUCCGAACCCGCCUAUCCCACCACCCCAGAUCUUCUGCUCACGCGAGCUUGAGUCUGCGCUCAUUGACUUUGUCACAGCUGAGGUGCUUGCUGGUAGAGAGUUCCCUUCGGAUGAUGCCAUUCGGGUUAGGGCGAGGGAAGUCCUUGGAAGAGAGAGUACUCCUGCGGAUGAUGAGGUGUUGAUGGCUAAGUUCAAGGAGAUGAUGCGUGACAGGUUGGGGUUUGGACUUGGGGAGUCAGAUCAGAGGCACGGGAACGAGUCUCGUGGAGUGGGCAAAGAUGCUGGGGGGACCAGUAGGCAGGUAGCCCAAAUGGGGACUGUGGCUCUUCAUGACAGCGGGACUCAAUCUGGUCACAACACUACGUCUGGACAGGAAGGAAUGGCUGCCGGGUUAGGAGGGGGCGGCACUGGAAAUGGAGGUGGAAGAUACGAUAACAUGUUACAGAAUACCCGCAGCAUGGACUUCGAAUUUGGCGAUGUGAACAUGUUUUUUGCUGGGGAUAUGGACAUGGGUAGCAAAUAA